AUGUCGGGGUCCCGCCUGCUUGGGGGUCUGAUGCUCCUGGAGGUCCUGACAGCUGGGCCCCUGUUUUUUGUCCAGGCGGCUUUCGUGAACCGGUGUGGGAGCGUCCGCACCAGCCUUUGCGACUUUGUCUGUGAUUGCUGGGAUUGUUCGGAUGAAAACCAGUGCGGUUACCAAAAGGAGUCGGUGCCUUUGGGGACUCAGUUCACCUGCGACUUCGAAGGCACCUCGUGCGGCUGGGAGGAUGUGAGCACGACGGCCUUCCGAUGGACCCCCGCCCGCGCCAGCAUCUCGACCUGGGGGACGAAGCCCCCCUUUGACCAUACGCUGGGCACCGAUCAGGGCUGGUACAUGUCCACCACAAGCCAGACGGUCAAGCCAUCUGCCACGGCCAAGCUCACGUCCCCAACGAUGAGGGAAGCAGCAGCCACCUGUGAGAUCCGAGCUUCGUAUCACCUCUCUGGUCUCAGCGCCACCGAUCCCCCGGCUUUGACGCUGGAGCUGAGCUACGGCAACACCACGAUCACCUUAUGGCGAAGCCCUCCAAGCAGCACCUACCCCUGGCGAGAGCUCGUGGCGUACACGGGCCGGAUCCUGGGGACGUUCCAGGUGACCUUCUCGGCCACCCAGACCUAUCCCCAGAGGGUGCAGCUCGCCCUGGACGACGUGGAGUUCAGGAACUGCGGCCGCCCACGUGCCCAAGCCUGCACGCCGGAAGAGCACCAGUGCCAGCGAGGGGGGUGCGUCGCCUUGGACCGGCUGUGUGACGGGACCGAGGACUGCUGGGAUGGGGAAGACGAGAGGGGAGCGAACUGCACCUCAUUUAGCAGCUGUCCCUUUGAGAGUAGCUGGUGCGGGUGGGAGGCCCUUCCCCACCAGAGCCUGACCUGGACGAGGCACUCCAGCCUCCUCGUGUCCUCAUCCCUCGUCGGGCCCACCCGGGACCACAGCACCAACAGCCAGGAAGGCAUCUUUGUCUCCAUCAGCAACCCUCGCCUGGGACUCCCAGGGGGAAGAGCGUGGCUGGCCAGCCCCAGCCUGAAAGCCAGCAAGGGCGCCUUGUGUCAUCUGGUGCUGUACCUCCACCUGCACGGCUCCGGCGCCAACAGCCUGAAUAUCUAUUCCCGAACGGAAGGGACCAUGGAGCUUGUCCGGAGCCGAUCCGGAGAUCUGGGCAACUACUGGUUCCGGGAGAAAGUGGAUUUCCACGUGGCGGAGACCUUUCAGAUUAUCCUCGAGGGCGUGAUUGCCGCUGGGCACGAGGGGAAUGUGGCUCUGGAUGACCUCAUCCUGUCUCCCGGCUGUGUGGUCCAAAGCAGCAACAUUUCCCUCACCCCGGAUCCGGAUCCCCCCAGCUCCUGCAGCCAGGAAGAGUUUGCCUGUCGGAACGGGACGGGAUGCCUCGGUUCAGAACUCGUCUGCAACUUCAAGGCUGAAUGUGCUGACGCCUCCGAUGAGGCGGAUUGCGGAGCCACGGCUUUUGGCACGGGCGGCUGGACGGACCUCAGCGUGGGGCGGAUGCAGUGGACCGUCCAGAACGCCAGCGGCUGGCUGAAUUCUGCAGGAAUCUCUCUCCACCUGCAGGAGGGCCCGGGACAGAUGCUCUCUCUAGCCAGGGCCGCCACCCCCGUCUUGGGUCCCUCCGGCUUGGCCUGCGCUCUGGAGAUGAACUUCACCGCCGGCCCUCAAGGGUUCCUCGCGCUGGCCGUGGCGGACGAGAGCCUGGGAACCGGUCGCUGGGUAUGGUAUGCCCUCGGGAACGCCACCACCGGAUGGUCCCAUGCCCGGAUUCCCCUUGGAGCCAGAGCCAGGCCCUUCCAGCUUGAGCUGCUGGGCUCGGAAGAUCGUAACAGCCCCGGAGGGUCCCCUCUUCUCACCAUCCGCCACAUCGCCUUCGUGGACUGUGACGCCAGCGCCGCCCUCCCCGAAUCGUCAGGGCUGUCUUGCAACUUUGAGACCGGCUGGUGCGGCUGGUUUGUGGAGCAGAGCGGCGGCUUUGAGUGGGAACGCAGCCAAGGCCCCGGCUGGGAGCAGGACCACACGACCGGCACAGGUUUCUUCCUCCUCGCAGACCCGUCUGCCCCUGGAGCCGACGGACUGAGCGCCCGCCUCGUGUCGGCGCCACAAGCCGCUGCGGGCAACGACUCCUGCCUUUCCUUCUGGUACCGCCUGGACGGGCCCCAGAUUGGCACCCUGAAUCUCUUGGUAAAAUCGGCUGGGGGGCCAGCCCACGUGCUCUGGACCAGGACGGGAAGCCAGGGCGCAGUUUGGCGCCACGCCUUCUCCACGGUCUCCCACCAGGCCGGCCAGAAUUUCCAGGUCAUCUUUGAGGCGCUCAGGAACGGCUUCCUGGGGUCGGUGGCUCUGGAUGACAUCUCCGUGGUGCCCGGCGCCUGCAGCGCACAGAUCGAGUGCUCCUUUGAGACUGACGAAUGUGGCCUCGUGUUUGGUGGCCAGCAAGCCUGGGUGCGGCAGAAUGGGACUGGGGGCUGGGGUCCCCUGGCGGACCACACCCUUGGCACACCCCAAGGGCAUUAUCUCGUCCUCAACACCAGUGGGGACACCUCGGCAUCCAGUCAAAGAGCCACCCUGCGGUCUGGCGUAUUCCCACCUUGGCCUCGCACCCACUGUGUGACAUUUUGGUACUACCUGAGUAGCGGCAAUCCAGGAUCUUUGCGUGCCUACGUGGAGGAAGGAGGCAGGCAAAAGGAGGUGCUGACCAAGAGCUUGGUGCCCGGGGAAGCCUGGCAUUUUGUCAGCUUCGGCACUCAGAUCCAAAGGGACUGGCAGGUGACGCUGCUGGCGGAGAGGGGAGGCGGAGGCCCCGCUUCUUACCUUGCGCUCGACGACCUUUAUGUGCAGGAGGGGGCUUGCUCUGAGCCAGGGUCCUGUGAUUUCGAAUGGAGCACCUGCGGGUGGAGCAAGCCGCCCGGGGACUGGUACAGCUGGGACCGGAAGGAAGGGGCCACGCCGUCCCAGUCCCCCUCCCCCAAGGAGGACCAUACUUUGGGGAACAAAGCAGGUCACUACAUCUACGUGGACAUUGCCCUGCUGGGCCUGGGGAGGAGCGCAGCCCGGCUGACCAGCGAGCCACUUCCCUCCACGACUGGAUCUUGCCUCCGCUUCCACUACCAUAUGGACUUCCUCGGCCAGAGCUCUCAAGCAGAGCUUCGGGUGAAACUGUCCAGCCUGCAGGGGGAGCGGACUUUGUGGAGCGCCGUCGGGCACCAAAGCCGGACCUGGAAGAACCAAUCCCUUCUCGUGUCCAGUCUCACGGAGUUUCAGAUUGUACUGGAAGCUACUAGCGGAGCGUGGCCAAGCUCAGAAACCAUUGCCGUGGAUGACAUCUCAUACGUGGCUGGGCUGUGCUCUGUGGGCAUGGAGGAGAGCCAGGAGGCAGGGAGCAGCUCCCGUAACACAGACUCGGAGGCCGGGCUGGUGGCCGGCGUCGUGUGCUCUGUCCUUUUGGUGGUGGCGGCUGCCCUGAUCGUCGGCUGCUGCCUCAAGAAGCAGCGCGUGCUGGGAGAACGGCAACCGGCGGAGCACGCCUCCGCCCACGGCUUCGACAACAUCGCGUUUCGAGACGAUGUGGUCAUCAUAAACUCCAUCUCUGCUGGUCUGGAAACAGAAUAGGUGCCCGUUUCGCUGGCCGGAUGGAACCGCCACGGCUGGCUCGGCGUGUCCAGCAGCACCCCUGCGCUCUUCCUCCGUGGCCAAGCCCUCGAGGGUCCUCCUUGCGGCAACACAGCACGCCGUCCCUUGGCAUCAUCUGUUGCAAGUACAUACCUUCCUCCCGGGAACUUCUCUAUCCAGCCACCUGGCUGUUGCUGAGCUCCAUAAAAAGGUCUCUUCCUCUCAAGCGGUGGGCCUGGCAGGACGCCUCACUCUGCUCUAGCUCAAUUCCGCCCUGGCGGUGUCGGCCACCCCUCCAUCCCAAGGGUCAGCCGUUGGUGUCCCUCCCAAGCUGGGACUGAUGGGAGCCGAGCCAAGCUGCCCACCCCAAAAAAAAGACAUGGAAAAGGUAUCAAAAGAUGGCCAGAAAUCAAAAGGGGGAGGACAACGAUCCUACGUUAAUUAAAAAAUCACGAAGGGGAAAAGUGUGAAAAUAUAUUAUCCAGGAGUGCUAAAUGUUGGCUGGGCUUCAUCCAGGACUGGGCAAAGAAAGUAAUUCUUCGUGCAGGGGGAAGUUAUCACGCAGAACUCACUGCCACAAGAUAUGAGAAGGCAUUAAAAGCUGUUCUAAACAAGUGACAGGGCAAGUCCAGACGUCUGGCCCUGAUGGACAUACAAAAGAAUGUUUGCUUUUCCCCCUUUCAAACCCUCCCCCCCCCUUUGCCUUUUUCAUCAUGUCUUUUCGAAGGUAAGAUUGUGGGCAGGAGUACUCAACUCCGAAAUAAAGGCAAAUAGAGAACCUCAAAAAAAUAAAAAAUAAAUCUCAAGUCUUGAGAGUUUCAUAGGGAA